GAGCCCCAACAACAAGAUAGAUGAAUCAUCGUUGGCUUGAAUUGCCCCUGUUGGUUCGUGAUUCAGGCAAAGCAAAGUGAUCUGUAUAAGGAUGGCCUGUACCAGCUGCGCCAAACAAUUUGGAUUUUUCACCAAAGAGCACGGUUGCCCAGUGUGUAAGUUUUCCUUCUGUACCGGAUGCCUUAAAUACAAGCUCGUCCGUGAGGGGAAAAAGCUUACCGUCUGCCUACGAUGUGCUAAAUUGUCCGCGGGGACGACGGAUGACUCUGGACAACAAAGCCUUCCACAGGCCGCACUAGUGAAACCCAGCCCUGGUUUGGGCGACGAUAGUGUCGUGAAGGUGACCCCCAUCAUCUCUGCUACAGACUUUGAGAGCCAAAGCAACGAAGAAGAGUCUAUUCGAAACAGACUGGCCUCCCUGAGAACAGUUCACGAUGAUGACGCCUCUUCGGCGGGACAGUCACACAACACCAGCAGCAUCGGUCCGCAAGAUACGGUCGACAUCGAGAAACGGCUAGCUGCCCUGAAAGGUACCGAGUACAAGGAUGCGGCAAUGCGCAAUGCGGCAGCUCAACGAUUUAUGGCUCCGGAUCACCGAACGGAGGAACAAAAGGUGCAAGAUCUGAUCGGACAGUAUGUGACCGAAACUAAGCUCGACGAAGUCACCGAUAGUAGAGCUGCGGAGCAGGAUGAAGAAAUCGUUCGGCGGCUGAACGCACUGAAGGAGAUCGUUCCGCCGACGGAAGCCCCUGCGCGAUCGGAUAACUCGGAUUCCGAUACAGACAGCACGAAGGAUGAGAUAUUGGCCCGAAAAUUAGCGCAACAGUACGUCGAAGAAGCGAAAAUCCAUCGGCGAGCCAGCAUGGAUUCGUCCAGUUCGGAAUCCUUAUCGGACGAUGGCGAAGGGCCGUUGCCGUGGUGCACCAUCUGCAACGAAGAUGCCGUUCUGCAGUGUAAGGGAUGUGAUGGUGAUCUGUACUGUACGUCCUGUUACGACGAGUUCCAUUAUGAUGAUCGAGGCGAACAUCCAACGGUUCCUUUCCGUAAGAAACGACAAGUUAAAGCAAAGUAG